CGGUUUCUCGCUCUCGCCCACCCGAUUUUCCCGAAAAACGAAAAAAAAAAACACCCGGGCCCCGCCGCGUUCCCUCUGAACCCGAUUUUCGGAUUUCGUUGUGACGGAUUUCAGUCGUUCCCGGUUCCGAAUCGAGAUUUUUGCGAUUUUCUAACUCAGCUCCCAAUGUCAAAUCCUCGGAUUUUUUAGUGGGAUAUUGUGUUUCCGGAACUUUGAUUGAAUCAUGAUCCGGCACGCUAAGCAUCUCACCGGGCCAAACCCGGGCUCGAUCCGGAGUACGUGACGUCGCCUCGAUGAAAAGCUCAAAAAAGUGGAAACGGACCAAAAAAGCUCUGAAGCCGAAAAAAAUGUUCAACUUCCUGAAAAGACUGACCGGGUUCGAAACCCCCAAAACCGCAGAGGACAGAGCGAGCGGCUCCACCUCGCGCGACGAAACCCUCCCCACGAACACUCCCGAAGGAAACACCCCCGAAGACGCGAAGCUCCCCGAGGGAGGGAUAGAUGACAUCACCCGGGUGCCGCCGGUGAUAACGGUGACCGCAGGGACGCCCCAGUCGGGGUCCGGGUCGGGCUCCGUGGACGGCGGGUCCGUCGCGUCCGGUUCCGACUACGUUUCCGCCAUCAACGUCCCCGUUUCCGGUUCCGGUUCCGCUUCGGCCGCCUCCGAAUGUAGUGACUACGUCGCGCGCUCCCUCAGCGAGUCCUCCGACGAGAAUUAUCUGUCCUCCGAUGACGUGAACCAUGACGGUGGUAGGGGGGAGAUCCCGGGCUUGGCGAGGACUGGAAUAAUGGAAGGGGAGACGGGGCAGAAGGCGAACAACGUCAACUUCAUCGUGGGCGACGACGGGCAGGAUGGCGAGAUCCCGAACGGGAUCAACACCAUCUCCGAGGAGGACGAGCGGGAGCGGAGGGAGAACAGGGACUCCUUCCCCUCCGGCAACGGGCCCACCGGAAUCAUCACCAGCAGCAGCUCCUACAAGGACAUGUUCGGACUCGCCGAGAGGCGUAAACGACUCAGGCCUUCUAUGUCUCAAGGCACUGUUAUUCAUCAAAGACUAUUGGACAAAGACUUUACUGUCGGUACACCUGAAGAAUUUGUAAAAAGAUUCAAAGGCACUCGUGUUAUUAACAAGGUUUUAAUCGCUAACAAUGGAAUCGCUGCGGUCAAAUGUAUGCGUUCAAUCCGUAGAUGGUCCUAUGAAAUGUUUAAGAAUGAAAGAGCCGUACGAUUUGUGGUCAUGGUCACUCCUGAGGAUCUUAAAGCAAACGCUGAAUACAUCAAAAUGGCUGAUCACUACGUCCCGGUGCCAGGAGGAACCAACAAUAACAACUAUGCCAAUGUUGAGCUCAUUGUCGACAUUGCGUUACGUACCCAAGUCCAGGCGGUUUGGGCCGGAUGGGGACAUGCCUCUGAGAAUCCGAAAUUACCUGAAUUAUUACACAAAAAUAAUAUAGCAUUUAUUGGGCCGCCUGAGAAGGCCAUGUGGGCUCUUGGUGAUAAAAUUGCAUCUAGUAUUGUCGCACAAACUGCUGAAAUUCCUACUCUUCCUUGGUCAGGAUCAGAGUUGACGGCACAAUAUUCUGGACGAAAAAUUAAAAUUAGCUCUGAGCUGUACAAAAGAGGUUGCGUGUCAUCCGUGGAGGAAGGUCUAAGAUCCGCUCAAAAAAUUGGUUUUCCAGUCAUGAUCAAAGCCAGUGAAGGUGGUGGAGGUAAAGGUAUCCGUAAGGUGGAGUCCUCGGAAGAAUUCCCUAAUUUAUUCAGACAGGUACAAUCUGAAGUUCCUGGUUCUCCCAUUUUUAUUAUGAAGUUAGCACGUUGUGCUAGGCAUUUAGAGGUACAAUUGUUAGCUGAUCAAUACGGAAAUGCAAUUUCCCUGUUUGGUCGUGAUUGCUCAAUCCAACGUCGUCAUCAAAAAAUUAUUGAAGAAGCACCUGCUGUGAUUGCUGAGCCAGAAAUCUUUGAAGAUAUGGAAAAGGCUGCUGUGAGACUGGCCAAGAUGGUCGGGUACGUGAGUGCUGGUACAGUAGAAUAUUUGUAUGAUCCUAGCGAAGGCCAGUACUACUUCUUAGAAUUGAACCCUAGGCUUCAAGUAGAGCAUCCAUGUACAGAGAUGGUCGCAGACGUCAAUUUGCCAGCGGCUCAGCUCCAAGUUGCCAUGGGUUUGCAGUUGCAUUGCAUCAAGGAUAUCCGAGUACUCUAUGGCGAGAGCCCGUGGGGAGAUAGUCUAAUUGAUUUCGACCAGCCACGACACAAACCUCAACCAUGGGGUCACGUCAUUGCUGCCCGAAUUACCAGUGAAAAUCCAGAUGAAGGUUUCAAACCAAGUUCUGGUACUGUACAGGAAUUGAACUUCCGUUCCUCAAAGAACGUGUGGGGUUACUUCAGUGUAGCCGCAUCUGGAGGUCUCCAUGAAUUUGCUGAUUCUCAGUUCGGUCACUGUUUCUCUUGGGGAGAAAACAGAGAACAGGCCAGAGAAAACCUGGUCAUUGCUCUCAAAGAGCUUUCAAUUCGGGGUGAUUUCCGUACUACUGUUGAAUACCUCAUUACAUUAUUAGAAACAGAGAGCUUCCAGAUCAAUACAAUUGACACGGCCUGGCUCGAUGUUUUAAUCGCAGAGAAAGUGCAAUCUGAAAAGCCUGACAUCCUUCUAGGUGUAAUGUGUGGUGCACUUCAUAUUGCUGAUCGAAGGGUAACUGAUGCAUUCCAGAACUUCCAGACGUCCUUAGAAAGAGGACAAAUUCAGGGCUCAAAUACUUUGGAUCACAAUGUUCAAGUGGAGUUGAUUAACGAUGGCUUGAAGUACAAGGUUCACGCCACAAAAUCUGGUCCCAACUCCUACUUCCUAGUCAUGAACGGAUCUUUUAAAGAGAUUGAGCUCCACAGGUUGUCAGACGGAGGUAUUCUGUUGUCCGUUGAUAGUUCCAGUUUUACAACAUAUAUGCGUGAAGAAGUGGAUCGAUACCGUAUUGUUAUUGGUAAUCAAACUUGUGUCUUUGAAAAAGAGAACGAUCCGUCACUCCUCCGUUCUCCAUCAGCGGGUAAACUGCUAAGUUUCCUCAUUGAAGAUGGUGGACAUGUUUCCAAAGGCCAAGCCUACGCUGAAAUUGAGGUCAUGAAAAUGGUCAUGACUUUGACCGCCAGUGAAAACGGAAAUGUAACUUUCGCCAAACGUCCCGGUGCAGUAUUGGAUGCUGGAUCGUUGAUUGCAACCUUGGAGUUAGACGACCCAUCUCUUGUCACCAAGGCCCUUGACUACAAAGGCCAGUUCCCUGAAUUAGACGUAUCCACCCCAACUGUUGGAGAGAAGCUUAACCAUGCUCACAACCAUUACAGACAGAUGUUGGACAACAUUUUAGCUGGUUACUGUCUGCCAGAUCCAUACCAUUUAGUUCGUCUCCGUGAAGUAAUUGAAAAGUUCAUGAGUUCCUUGAGGGAUCCCAGUUUACCUCUUCUUGAACUUCAGGAAGUUAUAUCCUCAAUCUCUGGUCGAAUUCCGAUCUCUGUAGAGAAGAAAAUCCGUAAAUUGAUGACCCUUUACGAAAGAAAUAUUACGUCUGUCCUUGCUCAAUUUCCAAGUCAGCAAAUCGCCAGUGUCAUUGACAGCCACGCUGCAACCCUCCAGAAACGGUCAGACCGUGAUGGCUUCUUCCUCACAACUCAGGGUAUUGUUCAGCUAGUUCAAAGGUAUAGAAAUGGCAUCCGAGGCCGCAUGAAGUCUGCAGUUCAUGAACUUCUGCGACAGUACUACGAAGUGGAAAGUCAGUUCCAGCAAGGUCACUACGACAAAUGUGUAACAGCUAUCCGUGAAAAGUUUAAGGACGAUAUGGCAGCUGUCACAGGGACAAUAUUCUCCCAUGGACAGGUUGCCAAAAAGAAUAUGUUGGUAACAAUGUUGAUUGAUCACCUGUGGUCCAAUGAGCCUGGUUUGACUGAUGAACUAGCAACGACUCUCAACGAACUCACAUCUCUCAAUCGUAGCGAGCACUCAAGAGUAGCUCUCAGAGCUAGACAGGUUUUGAUUGCUGCCCAUCAACCAGCAUAUGAACUGCGUCACAAUCAAAUGGAAUCCAUAUUCUUGUCAGCUGUCGACAUGUAUGGACAUGACUUCCAUCCUGAAAAUCUCCAAAAACUUAUUCAGUCGGAGACUUCUAUAUUUGACAUUCUACAUGACUUCUUCUAUCAUACCAACAGAGCUGUUUGUAACGCUGCUCUUGAGGUGUACGUCCGACGUGUGUACAUAUCCUAUGAGCUCACCUGUUUGAAACAUUUGGAGCUGACAGAAGAAGUUCCUUUAGUCCAGUUUCAAUUCCUCCUCCCCUCAUCGCAUCCAAAUAGACAAAGAGUAACAGACAGUGCUUCACCCGGGAGAGAUGCGCCAGAGACUGAUAUGACUGCAAGCGCAGCACCGACUGUGAUUCAUAGCUACCAGAGAACUGGUUGCAUGGCCGCCUUUGAGUCUUUUGACCAGUUUGAAUCCUAUUAUGAUGAAAUUUUAGACCUUCUGGAUGAAUUAUCCCCUUCAACUGUCUCACCUAGGAUUAUGGAAGCUCUUGAAAGUGGUAGUGAAUCAAGAAUGAGCACUUCCAUCAAUGUGAGCUUGUCUGUCGAUACUCAAAGACCUGCCGGUGGCGAGGAAGGACUGCAGGUUGAACCAAUUCACAUCCUCUGUAUUGCUGUGAAAGAUAAUGGUGAUCUGGAGGAUGAUAAGCUAAGUAAAAUGUUCGGUGACUUCUGUGCCAAAAACCGUGAUGAACUGAAAGAGAAGUCUAUCAGAAGAAUCACAUUCUUAGCUCUAAAUAGGCGUCAAUUCCCGAAAUUAUUCACAUUCCGUAACUGCGACAAUUUCGUUGAAGAUAGAAUUUACAGACAUCUAGAACCAGGCAUGGCAUUCCAAUUAGAAUUAAAUAGAAUGAAAACAUAUCACCUCGAAGCACUUCCUACUUCUAACAGAAAAAUGUACCUGUAUCUGGGUAAAGCAAAGGUUGCAAAAGGGCAAGAAGUUACCGAUUAUAGAUUCUUCAUCCGAUCAAUCAUCAGACACUCAGACCUUAUCACGAAAGAAGCAUCCUUUGAGUACCUUCAGAACGAAGGUGAAAGAGUGCUUCUUGAAGCCAUGGACGAGCUGGAAGUUGCUUUCAGUCACCCUCUUGCCAAACGCACCGACUGUAAUCACAUUUUCCUCAACUUUGUUCCAACUGUAAUCAUGGACUCUGCAAAGAUCGAGGAAAGUGUCACAAAUAUGGUUAUGAGAUAUGGUCCCAGACUGUGGAAACUGCGUGUACUUCAAGCAGAGCUUCGCAUGACAAUCCGCGCUUCUCCCAACGCCAAAACAACUAAUGUCAGACUGUGCCUUGCAAACGACAGCGGCUACUACCUUGACAUCUGUCUCUACAAAGAGGUAGUCGAUCCCAAAACAGGCAUCAUCAAGCUAGAAUCUUAUGGAUCCAAACAAGGACCUCUGCACGGACUCCCAGUUGCCACUCCAUACGUAACGAAGGAUUAUCUUCAACAGAAACGGUUCCAGGCUCAGAGUGCAGGAACUACCUAUUGUCAUGAUAUUCCGGAUAUGUUCCGCCAGAUGGUUGAGAGACAGUGGAAAGAACAUAUCGAUCAAAGACCUGAUGAUGGAAUCGUGAAACCAGCUCAACUGAUGGACUUUGCUGAGUUAGUAUUGGAAGAAGAUCAUCUGGUCGAACAGAAAAGACUACCGGGUGAAAAUAACGUUGGUAUGGUUGCGUGGAGAAUCACUCUUAAUACCCCUGAAUACCCAGACGGAAGAGAUAUCAUCGUCAUUGCCAACGAUAUCACUGUCAGGAUUGGUUCCUUUGGACCUGAAGAAGAUCUUGUUUUUGAUUUAGCCUCCAAAAUCGCUCGACAGAGGAAAAUUCCAAGGAUUUACAUCGCAGCUAACAGUGGUGCUCGUAUUGGGCUAGCUGAAGAAGUCAAGAGCUUAUUCAGGGUCGCCUGGGAAGAUCCUGAUGAACCUGACAAAGGUUUCAAGUACCUGUAUCUGUCAACAGAAGAUUUCACGAAGAUUUCCUCAUGCAACUCUGUUCAUGCUAUCUUGAUUGAAGAUGAAGGAGAGGCCCGGUACAAGAUUACUGAUAUUAUCGGUAAAGAAGACGGCUUAGGAGUCGAAAACUUGAGGUAUGCCGGUAUGAUUGCUGGUGAAACCUCUGAAGCGUACCGUGAAAUCGUAACAAUUUCAAUGGUCUCCUGCCGCGCCAUUGGUAUUGGUGCCUACCUCGUGCGUUUGGGUCAGAGAGUCAUCCAAGUGGAAAACUCACACAUCAUUCUUACCGGUUACAGUGCCUUGAACAAGUUGUUAGGUCGUGAGGUCUACGCUUCGAACAAUCAGCUGGGAGGUAUCCAGAUCAUGUACAACAAUGGUGUAUCUCACAAAACUGAGCCUCGUGAUUUAGACGGCAUUUAUAGUAUUGUUAAGUGGCUUUCUUACAUUCCUAAGGACAAAUUGUCUCCAGUACCUGUCAUAAAACCAGCUGAUCCCAUCGAUCGUGAAGUAGGAUACAUGCCAACAAAAACACCCUACGAUCCCAGAUGGAUGUUGGCCGGUCGUUAUUCGCCUAACAACUCCAACGAAUGGGAGAGUGGUUUCUUUGAUGAGGGUUCCUGGGAGGAAGUCAUGCAGCCUUGGGCUCAGACGGUCGUUGUCGGUAGAGCAAGACUCGGUGGUAUUCCGAUGGGAGUCAUUGCUGUUGAAACCAGGACCGUUGAAGUGAAAUUACCUGCUGAUCCGGCCAAUUUGGAUUCAGAAGCCAAAACCUUAUCUCAGGCUGGACAAGUUUGGUUCCCUGAUUCUGCCUACAAAACUGCUCAAGCCAUCAAAGAUUUCGAACAUGAAGACUUGCCGCUCAUCAUCUUCGCAAACUGGAGAGGUUUCUCCGGAGGAAUGAAAGAUAUGUACGAACAAGUAAUGAAAUUCGGUGCCUACAUCGUGGACGAGUUGCGCGUCUAUAAACAACCGGUCAUAAUCUACAUUCCUCCUAAUGGUGAGUUGAGAGGAGGAGCCUGGGCCGUCGUUGACCCAACCAUCAACCCAAGACAUAUGGAAAUGUACGCCGAUCCCGAAAGCAGAGGAGGUGUGCUUGAGCCGGAAGGAAUUGUCGAAAUCAAAUUCAGAGAGAAAGACAUCCUGAAAACAAUGCACAGAAUUGACCAAGUGAUAGUUCCACUUAAACAGAGGCUGUCCAGUACAGAUAUCAGUCCGGAGGAAAAGGCAGACGUAGAGAGUCGCAUUGUUGAGCGAGAACAGUACUUGAAACCCAUGUAUCACCAGGUCGCUGUACAUUUCGCUGACUUGCACGACACCCCAGAGAGAAUGGUUGAGAAGGGAGUUAUUCAUGACAUCGUUCCAUGGAGGAAGUCUCGAACAAUCCUUCACUGGAGGGUUAAGCGUCUGUUACUAGAAAACCAGAUCAAGAGUAAUUUAUUGAAAGUGCAACCUCAGAUGGAUGACGGUCAAGCUCAAGCAAUGUUACGGCGCUGGUUCGUCGAAGAUAUUGGAACCACAACUGCGUAUCUGUGGGAAAAUAACGAAUCUGUUGUGUCAUGGUUGAUGGGUCAAUUAUCUCCAGAUGGCUCAAUCUCACCAAACUCUAUUGUUGCCAACAAUAUCAGAUGUGUUCAGAGAGAUGCACUUAUCAACCAAAUUAAGACAUCGAUGGAGGAGUCACCAGAUGUUGCUCAAGAUGCAGUCGUUGAAAUGUUCCAGACUUUGUCUGCUAGUGAAAGAUCUGAAGUUCUAAGAAAAUUAUCGCAUUUGGAAACGAUAAGUAAACCUGAACCUCAAAGUUGAGCAGAAUCUAUAGUCUGAUAUAAUUUGUGUACAAUUGUACAAAAUAUUUAUUUUUAAUUUAUCAGUUUAGGUUAUCAAGUUUUCUGUGUAAAUGUUUUACACAACUGAUUAUUGUUAAUGGAAAAGACAUCAAUGAUUUCUACAUCCGCAGGGAAUAAUGUAAUUAUUUCCUGUCCUGUAGAAAAAGUCUUGCGAUAGCCGUUUCUGAUUUUGAUCUAAAACAGUAAUUUUUAGAGAAUGAAGAAACGACAGCUCUUUUUUCAGUAAGUAAAAUAAUAAAUGCAAGUGAGAGAAAAAUGUAUAUUUUUUGAAAUCCCAAUGUUUAUUUUUAAUAGAACUGAGAUUUUAUCAUUAACUGAUUAUUGUGAUCAUCAUCAACAGUUUUGGUUUGCUCUGUUGUUACUUUUGGUGAAACCUUCCAAUUUUUUUUUGUUGCAAUUUUAUUUUUUCAAGUUUUUCUUGUUAUCACUUUGAACAAAUUAAUGUUAUUUAUUUUAUACAAAAUGGAAAUAAAAUCUUAAGAUUUA